CCAAUUUCAUUCAUAUUAAAGUCUUCACGUAUUGCGCUUGGAGUAGCGCAGCCGAUCCUUUCAAUAGUUCAGGGUGACUAAGCGUUGCCUCCUCGUGGACGUUCGCGCUGCAACCUCCCAACUCUUCCAGCGCCAUCAUCGGGGUGAUAGUACCCAUCGGACCUGCGUGUGGCCAUUCAAUUCUCUUUCUUUACUUCGACGCUGUCCUUUCUGUCGGUUCAUUUGCCUCUCCAUCUCUGCUCUUCCCGAUCCGGACUUAAGCUCCCGAUCCAUCACCUACACGACACCCCGAACGCACGCGCAGACUUACCAAUCUCAAACAUUCUCUCUCCGGUGUGAAUGGCUUCAGCAGUGACCUAUCUACAACAGAUUUUGUGUGCGUGAUAUUGAUUUGGCGAUCAGUGGGCACAUAUCUCGCCUGCUUCACAUUCCUUGAACGCCGUCUACGUCACUCACCAUGGCCGAUUUAAUUGCCUUUCAAACUUCUCAUCAUAGUUUCUUCUCCACAUCCAAUAUGAUUCCACGCCACGCCCAUAAGAGGUCCAUCUCCUCCGAGCACCGCUCCCUAUCCCCCGACAGAACCGUCACCAAAGCCAAGUCCACCACCAAUCUCUCCGACGCUGCCUCCUCAGGUUCGAAACGAUCUUCCAGGUUCGACGAUAGCAGCUUCAGCACCUUGCAGGAUCCGCGAUUGGCUGUCGGAGCGGAGGUUUCACAUUCGACGUCAUCGUCUCACCACCCCGACCUGAGCAAUGAGGUUGCAGCAUUGUCUGUGAAACUGAUUCAGGCUAUCAACAAUCAAACAAAUUUGGACGACAGCUUGGUCGCUACCCGACAAGAGCUAGAGCUUGCACAGGGCAAAAUCCAAGCUCUCGAAUUCCAGAAUGAGAAAUACCGCCGUGACAUCGAUACCAAAGUCUACACCAAAAAGGCCGACUCUGAUCGCGAAAUCCUACAAUUACGAAAUGAACUUGCGGAAGAGCAGACACAGCGUGCUGCUGUUGAAAAGGGCAAGAAGACCAUUGAGCAGGAGCUGGAAACUCUGACUGCAGCUCUCUUCGAAGAAGCCAAUAAGAUGGUAGCUGCGGCUAAGAUUGAACGCGAAGCCGUGGAGAAGAAGAACGAACAAUUGCGUGCACAAAUCAAAGACACAGAGUUGCUCCUGGCGUCACACCAAGACCAGCUCGCCGAGCUCAAGUCCGUUAUGCAAGGGAUGCACAUCUCCAAGGAUGACGUCGAUGCCCGUACUACAACGGCCCCACCAUCCCCUGCUGGGCCCCCGCAAGUGCAAAGUUCCGCAAAGCAAGAGUCUGAACUUGAACCGGUUCCUGCAUCAAUCUGCAACGCCGAGGAAUUCACCCCGGGCCCUUCUUGCAACUUCCCGCAAAUGCUCCGCAUGAUAUGCCGGACUGAUCUACCCGCUUAUGAGGAUUUCCGUGAUCUGUUGGUCCUCUCUCGGAGCUCCAAGCCUCCCAGCCGUGCUGCUAGUGGCUCGUACGGUGGGUUGAACGUAAUGGGAAUGGGGUUGGCAAGCUUCGCAAGUGGGGGAGCUUCAUCAGCAACUUCUUCGCCUACCAAAGGAUUUGCCCAUUCGCCCAAUGGGAGCAUGUCCUCAACAACCGGAUCUCAUAUUCCUUUGAAGGAAACACGCUUCUACAAGCGGGUCCUUAUGGAGGACAUUGAGCCUACCUUGCGGCUGGAUUUGGCUCCAGGAAUCUCGUGGUUGACCCGACGAACUGUACUCAGUGGCAUCUGCGAGGGAAGUCUUGUUGUGGAGCCAAUGCCCUUGGCUUCAAAGAAGUUUGAGUUCCCCUGCUCCGUCUGUGGUGAACGCAGAACCGGCACAGAGAAUGAGAGAACCCAUCGAUUCCGCACAUCUGACAGUGAGAACGCCCAAAGAUAUUCGCUCUGUCUUCUUUGCUUGGAACGAGUGCGCUCCUGCUGCGAGUUCACUGGUUACUUGCGCCUUAUUCUUGACGGACACCUUCGUGCUGGUGAUACCGAAGAAGAAAAAGAAAUCUGGGAUGAAACCAUUCGCCUAAGAGAGAGGAUGUUCUGGUCUCGCAUUGGAGCCGGCAUCAUCCCUUUGUUCAAGCGACAAAACGAGUCUGAACUCGAAACUGAGCCUACAGGCUUUAAUAAUGGCACCAACGAGGACGAUGAUGAGCAAUACCUUGAGCCCGUGGACGUCACUUAUCUCCAGCCAAAAGCAGCCGAAGUUUCGCUCGACAACCACACAGCUCAAUCUGAUAUCCCUCGACCGCAAAGCUCCGUCUAUGAUAGAGACGAUAUGUCCAUGAGCGAAAAGGGGCUGAAGCGGAUUUCUGCCGACUCCGACCUGAGCGUUUACGAAGAGGCCAAUGCGGACAUGACCAUCGACAUUAAGGAACAUGUCUCCAACGAGCCUUCCACACCUGCUCGCUCUAAAGAUACGGAAGCGGAGGCAGAGGCAGAGGUAGAGCCCCCCAUACAACAUACCGGUACCUCUUGACUUGCCUGAUUGAUUCUAUGAGCACUCACCACGAGUGAGACGACUGCACGCUUGCCCAGCAUUUCAUGAUUCACCCACCUAAUGUUUUCCCUGCCUUUUCUUUUUGGCAUUGCAUUUCCCAAGUCACUUAAUUCUCCUUCUAUCAUUGAUACAGACCUGGUUCUGGUUUCUGGCAAUGCUGCUUAUACCUUUUUCUCUAAUUAUAGGCGCUAUUUGCUUCGUCGAUGUGGUGAUGGUGGCGAUUUUCACUCAUCAUCUUGCUUCCCUCGGUGUCUUCUUUUUUCGCCUCUGCUUUCAGCAUAUCACCGUGUAUUAUUAUUACCCUUUUCCUUUCAAUUACGUAUACAUAAUGUGUUUUGCUUGCCUUUUGGUUUUAUUCUGUGUUGUUCUUCCUUUUUUUUUUUUUU